AUGGGUGCCUCCCAAUCGUCGCACAAGGCGGGUGCGUCAGGAGGCACCGACGCCAACGCAGAGCCUGCCUUUGCCGACUACUACGAGCUCCUCCACGUCGAGCAGUCCGCCACCUCGGACGAGAUUCGCAAGGCCUACCGCAAGCUCGCGCUCAAGCACCACCCGGACAAGAACCCAGACAAUGUCGAACAGGCCAACAAAAUCUUUCACAAGCUGCAGGAGGCCUACGAGAUUCUCUCGGACGACACCGAGCGCGCGUGGUACGAUCAGAACAGGGAGCGUCUGCUCAACGGCGAUGGGCCGGACCUCGACGACGAAGAGGUCUUUGAGGCUUUCCGCUCAGGCGCUACCGAGGCGCCACAGCCCACGAGCUCCUCGCGUGGUCUCACUGCCAAGGCGCUCCUUCGCUUCUUCGACCCAAGCCUGGCCAAGGAUCUGACCGACGGCGACAACGGCUUCUAUUCCACCUAUCGCCGUCUCUUCGAGCGUCUGGCCCAGGAGGAGCGCAUCGCAGCGCCGUAUCCGGGCGAAGAGAAGGAGGUCAACAUCCCGUCGGCCGAUGCCUACCCAUCCUUCGGCUACAGCCACACGCCCUACACGCACGCAAGAGGCGAGGAGGCGGCAGUGCACCAGACGCCCGCCAAGGACUUCUACAGCGUGUUUAUGAACUUUCAGUCGCGCAAGAGCUUCGGCUGGUUCGACAAGUACGACCUGCGCGAUGCACCCGACCGUCGCGUCAAGCGUUUGAUGGAGAAGGAGAACAAGCGCGCCCGCGACGCCGCCCGACGCGAGUACAACGACGCCGUCCGUUCGCUCGCCGCCUUUGUCCGCAAGCGUGAUCCGCGCUACAAAAAGUUCCAGGCCGAGCUCAACUCCACCGGCCCAGGCUCGGCUGCCGACGUCGCCCGCAGGAAAGCAGAGGCCGAACGCAUCAGGCUCGAGCGAGAGGCGCGCGCGCAGUCGUACCAGGCUCAGAGCUGGCAGCAGCCCGACUACCGAUUCUCGGACGAAGAAGACGCAGAAACCGAAGACGACGACGAGGACGGUAGCGAUACUUCCAGCAAUGAUGGUGUUGCGAGUGAGGGCGAUGGAUCCGGCAAGGCGAUCGACGACUUUGACGAUCCUUCCUUGUCGGGCGGCUGGGACUGCGUGGCGUGCGACAAGUUCUUCCAGUCCGAAGCUGCAUUCCGCAACCACGAGCGCAGCGCCAAGCACAAAAAGGCCGUCCAGAAGCUCCAGCGCGAGAUGCAGGACGAGGAAGACGAGCUGGGCCUCGGCCUCGAUGCCGACGACAUCGCCAUCGACGCCUCCCUCGCCGACAUGCACCUCAACGGCACCGAAAAGGUCUCGGCUGGCUUCUCCAUACCCACCUUUGCAUCCGAAGCCAGCGGCGGCAAGAGCAAGAAGCAGAAGAAGCAGGCCAAGAAAAAGCGACAGAUGGAAGAGGCUGCGGGGCUCGUGCUCGAUGAGGAUGGCUUUGUCGUCCAGGAUCUCAACCGCAAGCCUCGGCCCAAGAAGGAAGCCGCUCCUGCCGAUCUUUCGGCGGACACGGCGGACAAAGCACGAAAUGACGAGACAUUACGAUCGGUGCACGUGGUCGACGAGGAGCUGGCUGGAAAUAGUGACCGGGCUGUCCACGCAGAUGACCGUGUGGGCGCUGGCGACGAGGAGGGUGCCCCUGCGAAGCCGAGCGCCAAAGCAGAUGCGAACGCCUCGUCUUCUGUUAAUGGAACAGGAUCUCCGUCCAAGGCAAAGAAGACCGACGCUGCUCACGACGACGACCCGUGGGGUGGUUUAGAAGACCCCUAUAUCCCCGAGUCGGCCUUCUCCUCCACGAUCCCGCCUCCGCUUCCUGCGGGCUCGCGACCGCCAGGGUCGUUCGACAUCUUUGGGUACGGCAGCCUCAUCUUCAAGCCGCCGCCGUACGUGAUUGGAGCUACGCCGUGCUACAUCAAGGGGUUUGUGCGGCGGUUUGCGCAGCAUUCCGUCGACCACCGCGGCACGCGCUCGCGGCCGGGACGCGUGGUGACGCUGGUCAAGGCGUCCGACUGGCACCCGCUGCGUCGAGCCGCCAAGGUGGACGAGCCCAAGUCGCCCGAGGGCGACAUUGUGUGGGGCGUGUCGUUCACCAUUGACCCCGAGCAUGCCCCGGUGGUGCGGCAGUAUCUCGACUACCGCGAGAAGAACGGCUACUCUGCCAUGCACGUGCCGCUCUACACGCGCGAUGCCGACGAUGCGGAACGCGAAACCGUGGUGCUCAAGAACGCGCUUGUCUACGUCGGCUUGCCAUCGAAUCCGGCGUUCGUUGGGCCGCAGUCGUUGGAUGUGCUUGCUCAGCGCAUCUACACGUGCGCCGGUCCCUCGGGACCGAACCCUGAAUACCUGCUUAACCUCGCCAAGGCUGUGAGGGAGCUGGCGCCGCAGUCGGUGGAUCAGCAUCUGUUCAGCCUCGAGAAACGGCUGCUGCUGCUGCAGGAGCAGAACAUCGACCCGGCCGUGCUGAUUGCACAGGAGUCGCGUGCAGCCAAAGACGCCACGUCCAAGCCUACCGCCAAUGGCGCUGUCUCGACCGACGAAGACGAAGCUCCCAAGGGAGCCAAGAAGGGCAAGGGCAAGGGCAAGCCGACUGGCAAGAGCAAGGAGUGGUGCAACGUGUGCAGUGCCGGCUUCGAGAGCAGAAGCAAGCUCUUCAACCACAUCCGCGAGACGGGCCAUGCUCUCGCAGCCGAUCAGCCAGGCGCAGGUGGCAAGAAGGGUCGCAGGAGGUAG